GAGCUAAAUUUAGAAAAUACGUUGGCCAUUCUGCACAUGUUACUAAUGUCCGUUGGUCGCAUGACUUUCAGUGGGUAAUAAGUACUGGAGGUGCAGAUCACUCUGUUUUUCAGUGGCGGUUUAUUCCAGAAGGUUUAACAAAUGGAAUCCAUGAAACAGCACCCCAGGAAAGUGGCAUAGAUUCACACAGCGAAGAAUCUGACUCCGAUUUAUCUGAUGUGCCAGAGUUAGACUCAGAUAUAGAGCAAGAAGCUCAAAUCAACUACACCCGACAGGUUUACAAAGAAGAUCUACCUCAACUGAAACAGCAAAGUAAAGAGAAAAACCACUCAGUGCCCUUCCUUAAAAGAGAGCGAGCUCCUGAGGACAGCUUAAAGCUACAAUUUAUACAUGGUUACAGAGGCUAUGACUGCCGAAACAAUUUGUUCUACACACAGACUGGGGAGGUGGUAUACCACAUUGCUGCUGUUGCUGUUGUUUACAAUAGACUGCAACACACCCAAAGACUAUAUCUCGGUCACGAUGAUGAUAUCCUCAGUCUAGCCAUCCAUCCUCUGAAAGACUAUGUUGCUACUGGACAGGUUGGGAGAGAUGCCGCCAUUCACGUGUGGGACACUCAGGCACUCAAAUGUUUGUCGCUGCUAAGAGGCCAACACCAAAGAGGCGUCUGUGCCCUUGAUUUUUCAGCUGAUGGAAAAUGUCUGGCGUCUAUUGGGUUAGAUGACAAUCAUACCAUCGUACUCUGGGACUGGAAAAAAGGAGAAAAGAUGGCAGCAACCAGAGGCCAUAAAGACAAGAUAUUUGUAGUGAAAUGCAACCCUCACCAUGCUGAUAAACUGGUAACCGUUGGAAUGAAACACCUCAAAUUCUGGCAGCAAGCAGGUGGUGGUUUCACCUCCAAGCGUGGCAUCUUUGGAAAUAUCGGGAAGCAGGAAACCAUGAUGAGUGUUUCGUACGGGCGAAUAGAGGACCUUGUUUUCUCUGGAUCUGCCACAGGAGACAUUUACAUCUGGAAAGAUAUUUUGCUGCUUAAGACGGUGAAAGCUCACGAUGGGCCUGUAUUUGCCAUGCACGCCUUAGAUAAGGUAUGUGUGCCUUGCGUCACCACCAGAUAUUCUUUGUUUGGCUUCGGAAUUUCAAAUCCAGAGCCACGUACCUAUCUCAUUUCAUAUACCUAUCUCGUUUCAAGCCCACCCCAU